GAGGGAGGAGAGAAAGAAAGAUAGAGGACAAUCAAGGAAGUGAGAGAGACUCUAUGAAAGUAAAGUACAGGCACUUCAAGCACUGGAUCACUCAAGUCAAGUCAUUCAAAGAAGGAGUCCAAGAAUAAGGUAUGUAACAUUACUUAUAUAGUAUACAAAACACGGCAAGCAUUUACAUCUUUCUCAGUAGCCGCACACGAAUGUAUUUAAAUUGUGAUAAAAUAGUGAUCACCAACCAUGGACACAUGACACACUUAGCAAAGACACAGACACAUAAUUCAUUCUGUGUAGACUGUCUCAGCAAUGGUUUCCUGGUUGGUUUGUAAAGUUGACUUGAGUGCCUUUUGUAGUUUCAGACUACUGCCUUUUGUAGUUUCAGACUACUACAGUCAAACAUUGAUCCCUGAACUCAUACGAUAGUCAUUGAAAUGUAUUUCUGUGAAUAUGAUGCUACUGUGACCUUAAGAGACCUUAACCACAGGCUCUAUGAUGAAAUCUAAUCUAUUGCAAUGUAUGAUGUAUUUAGACACAUGUUACCUGCAUGUCUGUCUUCUCCUCUGUUUGCGCGAGUCAUGUCAAGUUUUCUUGUCGGCCCUUUUAACCUCUCUGUACAUAUCAAAUGGACAUGUAUGUGUUUCAGGUCAUAAAAAGCUUUGAAAUGAAUGACCUCAAAUAAUACUGCCGACAAUUCAUAGCUCAGAUUCAACAGGUUUUUAAUGUAAUUUCCAUCUUCUAGGAGCUGAUUAAUGUGGGAAGGUUAAUUAAACAGGACAUGGGGUGAUGGUAGGAUAAUAAGGCAUGGUGAGGACCCCUGAGAGCUAUGUGGAGCGACCAGGACCACUGUGACUGGGGAAGUAGAUACUGACCCCCACAUUACAUCUCCGCGGGCAAACAAACUGUAUUGAAUUAGUCUUUUGAGGAUGGGUUGUGCAUCCAGUAGUCCGAAAAAACAGAAAGAACCCAAAGGCCCAAAGGGAACUUCAAACAACAUAUCCGAUGAAACAGGUGGAAACAAGCUUAGCAACGAUGCAGACAUUGAUGUAGUUAUUGCUCAGCAUGACUUUGAUCCAACAAAUGACAGUGACCUGCCAUUUAAGAAGGGAGACCGACUCAAGGUGCUUCAAGACAAGGGAGACUGGUGGGUGGCCAAGUCUCUGGUCACAGGGGAAGAAGGCUACAUCCCGAGCACGUAUGUGGCCAGAGCUCAUACCCUGGAGGUGGAGAGGUGGUUUUUUAAAGACUUAAGUCGCAGAGACACAGAACGCCUUCUUCUAGCACCGGGGAAUAAAGUCGGCUCCUUUUUAGUCCGUGAGAGUGAGACGACUAAAGGAGCCUUUUCCCUGUCCAUCCGAGACUCUUCCGAUGAACACGGGGACAUUGUGAAACACUACAAGAUCCGCAGCUUGGACAGUGGAGGGUUUUACAUCUCCCCGUCCCUGACCUUCACUUCCCUGCCGCAACUCAUCAAGCAUUACUCCAGAUGCUCUGAUGGGCUGUGCCAGCGCCUGGGGAACCCCUGCAAGACGGCGGACCCUCAGCAGCCCUGGGCCAAGGACGAGUGGGAGAUCCCACGGGAUACGCUUAAGAUGGUGAAAAAGCUGGGAGCCGGCCAGUUUGGCGAAGUCUGGAUGGGCUACUACAAGAACAACCUGAAGGUGGCCGUGAAAACGAUGAAGGAGGGUAGCAUGGAGCCUGAAGCCUUCCUGGAGGAGGCCAACCUGAUGAAGCAGCUUCAGCACGAUCGUCUGGUGCGCCUCCACGCCGUGGUCACGCAGGAGCCCAUCCUCAUCGUCACCGAGUUCAUGGUCAACGGAAGCCUGCUUGACUUCCUAAAAACAGAGGACGGGAAACAGCUGAAGCUUCCCAAACUGAUCGACAUGUCAGCUCAGAUUGCGGAAGGGAUGGCCUACAUAGAGAGUAAAAAUUACAUUCACCGGGACCUGCGGGCUGCCAACAUUCUGGUUUCUGAGACAUUGCUCUGCAAGAUUGCUGACUUUGGCUUAGCGAGGAUCAUCGAAACAGAGUACACAGCCAAAGAAGGAGCUAAGUUUCCCAUUAAAUGGACUGCCCCUGAAGCAAUAAACUUUGGCACAUUCAGUAUCAAGUCAGACGUCUGGUCCUUUGGUAUUCUCCUGACUGAGAUAGUCACUCAUGGGAGGAUACCCUACCCAGGUAUGACUAAUCCGGAAGUGAUCCGCAACCUGGAUAAGAACUACCGGAUGCCAUGUCCUGAGGGCUGUCCAGACGAGCUGUACCAGGUGAUGCAAAAGUGCUGGAUGGAGAGACCAGAAGAGAGGCCCACAUUUGAACACCUGCAAGACCUGAUGAGCGACUUCUUCAUCGCCACUGAGGGACAAUACGAGACGCAGCCCUAACCUGGAGGCAAUCAAUGGAGAGACCUGACCGAGACAAAGCAGAGACCUGAGAGAGACAAUGGAGAGACCUGACUGAGACAAAGCAGAGACCUGAGAGAGACAAUUUAGAGACCUGACAGAAAUGCUACAGAGGAGCACCACAGAGUACUGACUCUGUUGACAGAGAGUCUGCAAAGAAGCUUGAGGCUUUGAAAAGGGGGACUGUAUGGAGAAACAGUGUAAUGGACAGAAUUUGCUGUGAGAAAGUUAACAGUUUACAUUCUGAAAGUCUCUAUACAGAACCCCUGUACUGGAUGCACUCUGCUAAAAGGGUCUCUCUAAAUAAACUGGCAGGAAUUUGAUGAAAGGGACUAAUCGAUAGACUGCUGGACUAAUGGAUAGACUGCUGUGAAACUCUUUGCAGAUGCUCCACACAGGAUUAACCCUGCUGAGGGGAUCUAAGAAGAAAUUCUGUACUGGACUUUGUUGUACGCUGUAACUGCAUGGAUAUACUCAUAGAUAUACUGGGGCAGGCAACAUGGACUAUCAGUGAAAGGAAAUAUAGAAAAAGGAUGGACUACUGGCAGCCAUAUCCUAUAACCGCACAGCUAACUUUCCUCAAACAUGUUCUAUUGUGUCCUCUGGACCUGUUACAACAGGGGAUAUCUUCUUAACGUCUUCUUUAGAUAACAACAAAGUCAAGGUCAAAGCAAAUAACCUCACUGUAUAUGGGUUUAGCAUCUACUCAGGGAAAAAAGAAAAAACUUGGAAGUGCUCGACCAGUGGAGAAGAAAUAGUCAACAGCAUCCAUCUUGCCUUCAAAGUACCAUGUUAUCCUAGAUGCACUGUUUGCACAAAGACUCAAAACAGACACCCGUGUUCAGGCAGAGGCAUAGACAUAGCAUGUCCUCCUUUAGGGAUGUCUGUGCCUUCUGGUUUGGAAUAUAUUAACAGUCUGUAAUAGUGUACAGAUGUGCCUUUUGUUGAAACGUAUUAUUGUUAAUGUAAAUUGUACAUAUUUAAGAGUCUCACAUGAUGUAUCAGGAAUGUUACAAAAUUAAACUUUAUUUCAUAUUAUCUUCGAGGUUUGUGAACAGUGUCAAAAUAUGUCUGUCCACCCCAUUUCAAUACAGGGAAA